AUGGGUCAUUCUUUGCUUUCUAUUCUUUGCCUUUUAGUAUCUCUCUUUGCCUAUUCUUGUUUAUGCUCUCCACUUGAAAAUAAAGAAAGAGACAAAAUCACAUAUUUACCAGGGCAGCCAGGGAAUGUAGAGUUCAAUCAGUACUCAGGUUAUGUUACCGUGAACCAACAAGCUGGGAGGGCAUUGUUUUACUGGUUGGUCGAGGCACCGAAAAGUCGGGUACCUGAGUCAAGACCACUUGUUUUAUGGCUAAAUGGAGGCCCUGGUUGCUCCUCUGUUGCUUAUGGAGCAGCUGAGGAAAUUGGGCCUUUCCGCAUUAGGCCUGAUGGAAAAACUCUUUAUUCCAAUCCUUAUGCUUGGAAUAAGAUGGCAAAUCUGCUGUUCCUGGAAUCUCCAGCUGGUGUUGGUUUUUCAUAUUCAAAUACAUCAUCGGAUUUGUACACGUCUGGUGACCAGAGAACUGCUGAAGAUGCUUACAUAUUUCUAGUCAAUUGGGUUGAAAGGUUUCCACAGUACAAAUACAGAGAUUUCUACAUUGCUGGAGAAAGCUAUGCAGGUCACUAUGUACCUCAGUUGUCUCAAAUUGUUUAUCAAAAGAACAAGGGAAUUAAGAAACCUGUAAUUAACUUCAAGGGAUUUUUGGUGGGAAAUGCAGUCACUGAUGAUUAUCAUGAUUAUGUUGGCACCUUUGAGUACUGGUGGACCCAUGGUUUAAUUUCUGAUUCUACCUAUAGAACUUUACGCGUCACCUGUGAUUUUGGAUCCGCUACUCACCCAUCAGUAGAAUGCACUAAGGCGCUCAGGCUUGCAGAGUUGGAGCAAGGGAACAUUGAUCCAUACAGUAUUUUCACACAUCCUUGCAACAAUACUGCAGCAUUGAGGCACAACCUAAGGGGUCACUAUCCAUGGAUGUCCAGAGCAUAUGAUCCCUGCACAGAAAGGUAUUCUAAAGUGUACUUCAAUCAACCUGAAGUCCAGAAGGCACUCCAUGCAAAUGUAACUGGGAUUCCUUACCAAUGGGAAACUUGCAGUGAUAUUGUUGGAGACUACUGGGCAGAUUCUCCACUUUCCAUGCUUCCUAUAUAUAAAGAACUCAUUGCUGCUGGUCUGAAGAUAUGGGUCUACAGUGGAGAUACUGAUGCAGUAGUUCCUGUGACUGCUACUCGAUACUCCAUUGAUGCCCUAAAGCUACCAACUAUUAUCAAUUGGUAUCCAUGGUAUGACAAUGGAAAGGUUGGUGGGUGGAGCCAAGUAUACAAGGGGCUAACUUUUGUAACAGUAACCGGAGCAGGGCACGAGGUUCCACUCCAUCGCCCUCGACAAGCGUUUAUUCUUUUCAGGUCUUUUUUGGAGAGCAAGUCCAUGCCUGCCCGAAGCUUUUAG